AUGUUAAAUGAAAUGUCGGAACGAAUGCUGAGCCGAAUUUCUUCUCAUGAAUAUCUUCAUCAUCAUCAUCUGGGUUUACUCAAAGAUUUCUUCCUGUUUUUAUUGAGGGAAGAAAAUAAAAAAGAAUUUCCAAACGGGAAAAACCAACAACAACGCAGAAGCAGUGGAAAAUUUCUUUAA